AUGACAUCAACGAAACCAUCUUGUUCACUUUGCGAUGUCUCCUUCGACAACAGUCAGGAGCAUCGAGUGCAUGCCAAGAGUGAGGCUCAUGUCCAAGCCUUGCGAAACCGUGCUGCUGCUUCAGGUCUAAUCGAGCAACCAACCGAGGACAGCGAUACAUUUUCGCAUACAAGCAACGACCCAGAAAACGACCUCUCAAGUAGUGACGAUGAAACCGGAGAUGACACUUCGGACAGCGUGAUCCCUGAGUUUGAUUCGACAAAAUGCAUCAUUUGCACGUACAGCGACGAGAACUUUGAUAAGAACCUCCUUCAUAUGGAAACAGCUCACGGUUUACGGAUCCCAUUUCGAGACCAAUUAAUCGUCGACCUGGAGACAGUGAUAUGGUAUCUCUACUUCCUAGUGGCUACAUACCGCGAGUGCAUCUACUGCGGAACACGGAGACGGACGGUGGAGGGAAUCCAGCAGCAUAUGAGAGACAAAGGCCACUGCAGGGUUGAGUUGACAGACGAGAUGCAGGAGUUUUAUGACCUCGAGGGUCUAAAGGCUCAUGGUCGAGAAAACGCGGUUUUAGUUGAUAACGAGAGUCUUCGGCUUUCAUCUGGCAAAAUUCUGUCACAUCGUGAUGCUCCCGUCACAAAACCACGCCGAACAUCGCCCCAAGAAGACAAUGAGGAGAAGAGGGCACCUCUUCCUAGUCACGCAGCCUCUGAUGCACUUACAGCUAGAGAUAAAAAGGACGCCGCUCUUGCAUCUCAAACAGAGAAGUUUUCUCCUGCAGAGGAAGAAGGAAUUGGAUACAGCUCGUCGGGCGGAAAAGAAGAUGAGGUUGAAGACGGAGAGACUGAGUAA